AUGGCCUCCUCUCGUUGGUGGCUCUUCACCCAGGCCGUUUUCUGGCGGUUUCUGAUGCGCAUUGGCAUGUUUAUCCACGAUAUCGCCUCUCCUCGUCCUCCCAGUCCGUCCUUUACCCGCUCCAUUCCCUCCGGUGACAACGAUUCGACCUACGGCUCCGGCGCCAUUCUCCACUUCUACUGUCCUCCUGGAUAUUACCGCUCUCGCAAAGAAGGUCGUCGCUUACCUGUGGUGGUGAAUUUCCAUGGCGGAGGCUUUACCCUGGGCUGUGCUACCGACGACGGUCGCUGGGCUCGCUGCAUCAUUCAUGAGGUCGGGGCGGUCGUGGUGAGCGUGGCUUAUCGUCGAGCCCCCGAAUACCCUUUUCCUACCGCAGUAGAUGACGGCGUAGAUGCCCUGCAGUAUCUUGCGCGACAUGCAGCCGAACUAGGCUUGGAUGUCAGCCGGAUCGUGCUGAGCGGCUUCUCGGCCGGUGGCAAUCUGGCCGUGACGGUUCCGCUGCGACUCCGCGACCGCAUGGUGCGGGAGGUAUAUCCGUAUCCAGCCUCGACGGCCAGCACCAGCAAUCUGAGUCGGGCGGAUUCGACGCAGAAACUCGUGGAUAUGUCAAAUGAUUUGCAUAUUGUCGGGUUGUUUUGCUGGUAUCCCAUUCUGGACUUCGAAGAGUCACGUGACCACCGUCGCGCUCGCAGCGCCUUUCCGGACAAGACCCUCCCGGCGUUCUUCACAAACCUCUUUGAUGAGUCGUAUCUGCCAGACUACGAGGAACGGAAGUCGCCCUAUGCGUCACCUAUCCGCGCUCCUAACGAAAUCUUGGCCGAUGCCCUCCCGCACGAUAUCUACUUGUACAUCUGUGAAUGGGACAUGUUACUCAACGAGGGCCAGAUGUUUGUCAGGCGGUUACAGGGUCUGGGUAAACGCGUGCGAGCCAUGAUGAUCGAGAAAGCCAUCCAUGCCUGGGACAAGUCACCCAAUCCAUUCCGCGAUCAGGACAAAGUUGACAUCUUGUAUUCCGAUGCUUGCGCUGACAUGAAAGCUAUUUUCGAGCGUUGA